CGCCGCAGCCGCCAGAGGGGGCCAAGUUCCGGCGUCCGCGCGGAGGCCAACUUGGGUUCGCGCUCCGCUGGCGACCACCGCGCCCGGCCCAUCGGAGGCGAUCCGUUCCCGGGUCUCCCAAACUAGUUCCCGAAGCCAGACCCGCGGCGCUCGCAGUGCCGAAUUUUGGACGAGCUUUUUCGUUUCAUUUCCUUACUUUGCGUUGUAGUCGCCUCAAAGGGUUUUCUAAUUGAAGCAUAAAGACAAAAUCAAGCAGCAUAUCAAGGUUCACAAAUGCUUUGUGGUCUACAGCCACACCACCCCAAAUGUGCCUGAUCUUGUCUGAUCUUGGAAGCUAAGCAUUGUUGGGUCUAGUUAGGACCUGGAUAGGAGAAAUCCCUUAUGGCUGACUGUAUGUCAGAAAGCAUCAGCUUUUCUCGAUGGACCCAUUCAUCUAAUGAAAUAUGCCUGUACUAUUUUAAAAAGCUUUGUAUUUCAUCAUAGAAAAGUUCAUCCCCCCAGAAUGAAAAUGAGGACAUUUGAGAAGGUGAUUUAAGGUGUGGACAUUUGAGAAGGUGUCCUAUCAAAUUAGUAAACCAAAGGAAAAGUACUGAAUAGAUUAAUCCAAAACACUUACUGUUUUUUAAACGAAGAGGAUUUCAUCUUGACAGAAAAACAACUUUUAUUCAAUAUGUUUUUCCUGAAAUUAAAGAGACAAGAACAGACUGAAAGGAAAAUAGAUUCGUAAAUAAGCUACGUCAACUCUGUCCUGCUGAGGAUAGCUCAGUGAUGUUAAAUCCUUUACAAAUCCCUGGUUGUCUUCCUACAGACAAGACUGCUUUUUGAUGGGACUGAUAUUAAGAGAAAUAGGACCUUUUGGGCAUUCAACUCCUUGAUGAAACUUACAAGUAUCGGCAUGAGUGGCUUAAAAGAGGAAGUAAAGAAGUUUUCAACUAAAUCCAAAAGUGCAGUCAUUUUCUUUACUGCUGUUAUUUUAAAAACCUCUUCAUAACCAUUGAAAAAGAAUCAACAACUAUUUUAAAAGAUUAAAGAAAGGCAGAUGUCUGCAAAUAAUUCCCCUCCAUCAGCCCAGAAGUCUGUAUUACCCACAGCUAUUCCUGCUGUGCUUCCAGCUGCUUCUCCAUGUUCAAGUCCUAAGACGGGACUCUCUGCCCGACUCUCUAAUGGAAGCUUCAGUGCACCAUCACUCACCAACUCCAGAGGCUCAGUGCAUACAGUUUCAUUUCUACUGCAAAUUGGCCUCACACGGGAGAGUGUUACCAUUGAAGCCCAGGAACUGUCUUUAUCUGCUGUCAAGGAUCUUGUGUGCUCCAUUGUUUAUCAAAAGUUUCCAGAGUGUGGAUUCUUUGGCAUGUAUGACAAAAUUCUUCUCUUUCGCCAUGACAUGAACUCAGAAAACAUUUUGCAGCUGAUUACCUCAGCAGAUGAAAUACAUGAAGGAGACUUAGUAGAAGUGGUUCUUUCAGCUUUAGCCACAGUAGAAGACUUCCAGAUUCGUCCACAUACUCUCUAUGUACAUUCUUACAAAGCUCCUACUUUCUGUGAUUACUGUGGUGAGAUGCUCUGGGGAUUGGUACGUCAGGGACUGAAAUGUGAAGGCUGUGGAUUAAAUUACCAUAAACGAUGUGCCUUCAAGAUUCCAAAUAACUGUAGUGGAGUAAGAAAGAGACGUCUGUCAAAUGUAUCUUUACCAGGACCCGGCCUCUCAGUUCCAAGACCCCUACAGCCUGAAUAUGUAGCCCUUCCCAGUGAAGAGUCACAUGUCCACCAGGAACCAAGUAAGAGAAUUCCUUCUUGGAGUGGUCGCCCAAUCUGGAUGGAAAAGAUGGUAAUGUGCAGAGUGAAAGUUCCACACACAUUUGCUGUUCACUCUUACACCCGCCCCACGAUAUGUCAGUACUGCAAGCGGUUACUGAAAGGCCUCUUUCGCCAAGGAAUGCAGUGUAAAGAUUGCAAAUUCAACUGCCAUAAACGCUGUGCAUCAAAAGUACCAAGAGACUGCCUUGGAGAGGUUACUUUCAAUGGAGAACCUUCCAGUCUGGGAACAGAUACAGAUAUACCAAUGGAUAUUGACAAUAAUGACAUAAAUAGUGAUAGUAGUCAGGGUUUGGAUGACACAGAAGAACCAUCACCCCCAGAAGAUAAGAUGUUCUUCUUGGAUCCAUCUGAUCUCGAUGUGGAAAGAGAUGAAGAAGCCGUUAAAACAAUCAGUCCAUCAACAAGCAAUAAUAUUCCGCUAAUGAGGGUUGUACAAUCCAUCAAGCACACAAAGAGGAAGAGCAGCACAAUGGUGAAGGAAGGGUGGAUGGUCCAUUACACCAGCAGGGAUAACCUGAGAAAGAGGCAUUAUUGGAGACUUGACAGCAAAUGUCUAACAUUAUUUCAGAAUGAAUCUGGAUCAAAGUAUUAUAAGGAAAUUCCACUUUCAGAAAUUCUCCGCAUAUCUUCACCACGAGAUUUCACAAACAUUUCACAAGGCAGCAAUCCACACUGUUUUGAAAUCAUUACUGAUACUAUGGUAUACUUCGUUGGUGAGAACAAUGGGGACAGCUCUCAUAAUCCUGUUCUUGCUGCCACUGGAGUUGGACUUGAUGUAGCACAGAGCUGGGAAAAAGCAAUUCGCCAAGCCCUCAUGCCUGUUACUCCUCAAGCAAGUGUUUGCACUUCUCCAGGGCAAGGGAAAGAUCACAAAGAUUUGUCUACAAGUAUCUCUGUAUCUAAUUGUCAGAUUCAGGAGAAUGUGGAUAUCAGUACUGUUUACCAGAUCUUUGCAGAUGAGGUGCUUGGUUCAGGCCAGUUUGGCAUCGUUUAUGGAGGAAAACAUAGAAAGACUGGGAGGGAUGUGGCUAUUAAAGUAAUUGAUAAGAUGAGAUUCCCCACAAAACAAGAAAGUCAACUCCGUAAUGAAGUGGCUAUUUUACAGAAUUUGCACCAUCCUGGGAUUGUAAACCUGGAAUGUAUGUUUGAAACCCCAGAACGAGUCUUUGUAGUAAUGGAAAAGCUGCAUGGAGAUAUGUUGGAAAUGAUUCUAUCCAGUGAGAAAAGUCGGCUUCCAGAACGAAUUACUAAAUUCAUGGUCACACAGAUACUUGUUGCUUUGAGGAAUCUGCAUUUCAAGAAUAUUGUGCACUGUGAUUUAAAGCCAGAAAAUGUGCUGCUUGCAUCAGCAGAGCCAUUUCCUCAGGUGAAGCUGUGUGACUUUGGAUUUGCACGCAUCAUUGGUGAAAAGUCAUUCAGGAGAUCUGUGGUAGGAACUCCAGCAUACUUAGCCCCUGAAGUUCUCCGGAGCAAAGGUUACAACCGUUCCCUAGAUAUGUGGUCAGUGGGAGUUAUCAUCUAUGUGAGCCUCAGUGGCACAUUUCCUUUUAAUGAGGAUGAAGAUAUAAAUGACCAAAUCCAAAAUGCUGCAUUUAUGUACCCACCAAAUCCAUGGAGAGAAAUUUCUGGUGAAGCGAUUGAUCUGAUAAACAAUCUGCUUCAAGUGAAGAUGAGAAAACGUUACAGUGUUGACAAAUCUCUCAGUCAUCCCUGGCUACAGGACUAUCAGACUUGGCUUGACCUUAGAGAAUUUGAAACUCGCAUUGGAGAACGUUACAUUACACAUGAAAGUGAUGACGCUCGCUGGGAAAUACAUGCAUACACACAUAACCUUGUAUACCCAAAGCACUUCAUUAUGGCUCCUAAUCCAGAUGAUAUGGAAGAAGAUCCUUAAAAUCACUGAGCUAACCUAAAUAAGGAAGGAUUUCAUUUUAUGGACUGAUAUUUUGCUGUGUAACUUGUUCUUUGUAGGUUGUCAUCUGCAGUGAUGCAAAGGUAUGAGGAAAUAUGAUAAGGAAUAAGUGACACCAGUACUGUAGUUCAUAAUGAGUAGGUACAGGCGGGAAACUGAAUAAUAAGUCAUAGUGGAAUCAAGGUGAAGCUUUUUAUAAACUUUUUUAGCCUAAGCAAUAACUGGUUUUGUAUUUUUUCUUAAUCCUUCACUUUAAUACAAUAGGCUCACUUAAUUUGUCUUCCCUUUUCUGUUUAUAUAUAUAUAUAAAAACAUAUAUAUAUUAUAUAUAUAUAUUUUUUUUAAGGAAAAACAAGUCAAGCUAGCAUCCAGUUACUAUAUAGCUUGGCUAAAUUAUACAAGACUUACAAGAUUGAUUACUCGACAGGCUUGUAUUUAAGAGAUAACUGUGAGGUUGCCAUUAUGUGAUGUUACUAUAAGGACUUUUAACAUUGGUUUAACCAACCAUAGAGGCAUUGAGGGUUUUUCUUAGAUGCCUAGAAAAAGAGCACUGGGCUGUUUUACCUUUCUUUUUUAGGUCAAUCAAGACUCCAAAAUAGUGAUUCCUAACCUUUUUGGAGUUGCUCUGCUACUCUGAAUAUGUUCUAUACAGCAUAAGGAUUGUCACCUUCUGUGUGUUGCAACAGCUUCUAAGAUAAUUAGGGAAUACAGCAUAAGGAUUGUCACCUUCUGUGUGUUGCAACAGCUUCUAAGAUAAUUAGGGACAAAUGAUGUUACAAAAGGAAGAGUACUGCUGGUCUAAGUGCUGAGUUGUAUGUCUUUGCAUAGCUCCACUCUGCUGCUAAAUAUGCAUGUUCUGACUGACAACCAUCUUGAUGCCAGUACUGGAUUCCAGCAUUCAGCAGGGGCAGAUCUCAGCUUUACACAAUUUAUCUUUACUUAGGGUUCAGUCAGUAAUUUCUGCUUUUUAGCAGGGCCAGUGCAGGGUCAGUUAAUGCUACAGUUACUGUAUAGCAAACAGUAUCCUUUUUUCUCCUUCCCCUAGCCUACUGGGCUUUGCAGAUAUUUGGAGUGUUUUAAAAUCAAUUAUUUUAAGCAGUUUGGGGGGAUGGGUAGGAGUGGAGCAUGAAACAGUUUAUAAGGCUGGGGCUGUAUUAUCAGCACAGCAAAUUAAAGAAUGAAAGAAGUACUUCUUUUUACAUUUCAGCUCCAGCAGCCAGCUAUUUAAAAAAUAUUUUUAAAUGUCUUUCCCUAACAAAGUUUAAGAUGUGGGACCAUCUACUUAUAAGAAACAGUGGCUUAUUUCUUCAUUUCUCAGUAAUCAUUGUAAACCUUUUUUUUUUUUUUUCUUCUCCACUCUAACAAGAGUAAAAGAACAAAACUUUUGCUGAGGUCUUGGACCCACUACUUGUUAGUUAUGUUGGCCUGGACAGAUGGCAGGUCUGUCUGCAGUUCCUCAGUCUGUAAAAUGAAGAUUAUCAUUCUUGCCUCUCCCUUUGUCACAGUGUUGUCGUGAAGAUCAGAUAUGUAUGAAUGUAGUCAAAUAAACUAAAAACUAGGAAAGUGUUAACUAUCAUUGCCCACCGAAUUUGAGGUAGCAAAAAAAAAAAAAGAAUGUUCUGGUACAUGAACAGACUGAGAAGGCCUUUCGAGAUCCCUGAAGCUAGUCUCCUGUCUAGACUAAAAAUAUCCUUGAAAGAAUAGUAGCAAAUAGUAUGCAGUACUCCUGUGUUCUAAGUUCUUUUAUGUUUUAGUGUACCCUCACAGCAGCCAUAGUGUUAAGUCAUUAUGAGCUCCAUCUUAAAGAUAAGAAAACUGAGGCAAGGGGAGAUUAACCUACUGCCAGAUUUCAAACAGUAGUAUUUGAGACCAGUAGUAUGGCUCUAAUCUUACCCUUAGCCCUCCCAACCAUUAUGCUGUACUAUCUACCCAUAAAUAGCUCCAGGAAACAUUCCCCUCUUGGUAAUUUGUCCUUCUAUAGAAGCUUCAAAGAUUAAACCAAAUUAAUUUUCAAAAAAAAAUUUUUUUUAGAAAUGUUAUUUUCCCUGUGAUAGAGGAUGACUUCCAAGUUUCACUAAAGUCUGUUUAUAUCAACACACACAAAAUGGAAUAAUUCUGAGUCACUAGGCAAUCAAUCUACUGUGGUUUUACUACGUAAGGUGAAAAUUAACUGGAAUGAUGUUUGUUUGCUAUACUUAACGUAAUCAAACUUUACAAGCCAUGAAAUUAAUUGCACUCUUUGUAUUUGUUGUUAAAUGCCUAAGAAGUUUUCUAAAAAUUUUGUAAAGGCACUGUCAGAGAAUCUGGAGUUGAUUGAUUAUUCCAGAUACUGUAUAACCUGCAUAACUUUUUGUCUUUAAGUCGUGUUUGUAUAAGAAUUGCUAGAAACAUUUGAUAAUGUACAAAGUAGUCUAUAAUGACUGUUCAGUACAUUUUUAAUAUUUUUUUGGUUACAUCCAACUUUUUGUAAAUAUACUGGAAGCUUGAUAAUAAAAUGUAUUUCCUAUCACCAUACUUUUCCAUGUGAAAACCUGAGCCUAUUUCUAGUAGAAGUAUCCAAAGAAAAGUUUUACCUGGCUGUGUUAUUUUACCAGACCUUGGUAAAAGAACUAUUUUGGAAACAGUAUUUGUAAAUGGAACUAAUGCUAUAUUUAAAAACACUGAUUUUUUUUUAACCUGCCAAAAAUAAAAAAAAAAAAAGCUCAUUUUAUAAUUUUAUACUAAA